AGAACAAACAAAUUUGGUCUCAAGAACAUUUAAACCUGGGCAAAAUUACUUCAUUUACAAAGUCUUCACUCAUUAGAGCUGUUUAAAUCUAUAAUGGACAGCAAAAGUCUCAACCAACUUUACAUAAUUUCAUUUUUGGAUUCAUUUUGCACUGGAUUGACACUUCCAGUUCUAAAUAAUUACAUUGUGGUAGGUUUAAAAGGUUCACACUUCCUUCUGGGCUUAUUGAGCAUGGUUCAAGUCUUAAGUCAAAUUAUAAUAAGCCCGUUAUUGAGCCCAGUGACAAUGUUUGUUGGGGCACGUAAUUUACUACUGUUCAGCCAUGUGAUGACAUUUUUCAACUAUUUAAUUGUUAUCAUUGCUAAUGACUAUCGCUUGUUUUUACUGUUCCGGAUGCCUUUCUUUUUCUUCAACCAAACUCAGUAUUCCACUGACGUGUUAAUCGCAAAAACUCAGCAGACCACAGGAGAUCAUUAUGUACGACAAUUGAAAAAUGUGGCUUUUAUACUGGGCCCUUUCUGUGGCGGAUUGCUGUAUCACGAUACCAGUAUUCUAUGUGUCGCUUCUAUGAUCAAUAUUUUAACAACUUUAAGUCUUGUAUUGGCUUAUAAAUUACCUCAAGACAAUAUUACAACAAACAUUCAAUUGCCCUCACCGCCAAUGUCAAAACUAUGGCAAAGCAGUUGGCGCGAGUGCUGGAAGAGUAAAUCCCUGCUCUCAAUGGUGAAAAUACUCACAACAAUUGGACUUUCAUGCUUUUUUAUCAAAUUUACUCUGGUAAUGACCGCAAAUCUCAAUGCAUCAGCGAGUUUGAUUGGAUUUACAAUAGCAAUGCACAAUUUAAUCUUUCACUCCGCUAAAUUCGCAUGCCAACUUCUAAAUAACUCUGUUCUGAGUAUUCAGAAGCAUAUCCGACAAUUAUUAUUAACUUGUCUUCUGGUUAUGACGAUCGCGAUGUACAUUUUGUGCCGGUCACAUGACUAUGGCGAAUAUUUAUUGGCAUUCGUGGGGCUAGCAAUGUCAAGAGAGAUGUUUGAACGCCUCUGGGGAAUAGAGGCAGAUUCGAUGACGAAAAACUCUAUGGAAUGUUUACAGAAACUUAUCACUUGUGUUCUUCCCGUGGUGCUGGGCGCUUAUUGUGAUCUUUAUUCACAUCGAGCCGUUCAGACGUUGGCUGUGGUUCCUUUAAUAUUCGCUACACUUUUGGGAUUUAAACAAUUGGCAUGGCAACCGGAAAAUUCAAAAAUGAAAGUAGUAGAACAACAAAUUAUGAAAUCAUUCAAUCUUGCUAUAAGUGCAAAUAAUAAAAAGCAUAAUUAGUGAUUCUUAAA